GAGUUAGCCAAUUAAAAAUAAGUGGAAGUGAACUUGCUGCUACAGAAGAGCACUCUUCACGUGGUUUUCUGACAGAGGGUAUUACCACAGUUUGAGCGUUAAUGAUGUCGAGAUAUUCGCGGUCGUACAGCAGCACAAGCUCCGCAAGAACAGAGUUCGAUCGUAGCUCACCGUUACUGACUGUAUUCGAUCUCGAGCAGCUUCUCUACACGGGGAAAUCGACGUGCAACCACGCAGACGAAGUGUGGCCCAGGCUCUAUCUUGGUGACCAGGAUAUCGCAUCAAACCGCCGCGAGUUGGCUAAACUCGGUAUUACGCACAUUCUGAACUGCUCACACAGCAAGUUUCGCGGUGGUGCGGAGUACUAUGACGGCAUGAAUAUCACAUACGAGGGUAUUGAAGCGCAUGACUCGCCCACUUUUGACAUGAGUGUCCACUUCCACCCUGCAGCCGAGUUCAUACAUAAGGCACUGAUCAGCGGAGGGAAGAUCCUGGUGCACUGUGCAGUGGGAGUGAGCAGGUCAGCAACACUGGUUCUGGCCUACUUGAUGAUCCGAGAGAACAAGACUCUGGUGGAUGCAAUCAAGACCGUGAUGGACCGUCGCGGUAUUAUCCCGAACCGCGGUUUCUUGCGACAGCUGACUGUGCUAGAUACCACCCUCCAUCACAGGCACAUGACCUAGAGCAAUCAGGGAGAUUCCUUUGCUACAGACAGCACACCUGACUGUCUCUUUUGAAUUUAGGGUAUAGAAUUAUGUUUGUUAAUUUAUUUCCAACCCUAGUUCUAACCAGAUAGGCACCUUUUUCUGGU